GAAAUACACACUUUGGACAACAUGGCGGAGUCGACCUGAACGGGAGUGCAGAUUUAGUUUGAGAUUAUUUUUUUGGGAAUGUUUUGACCACCGGCUGAUCAAACUGGAAUUUCGAGUUUUGAUUUUUGUUUCUCCAAACAUUGGACUGAGUGCAUCUCGUGGAGAACCGUGUAGUCCUUCCGUUCUGUUCCGUUACCUUCGGAUCCUUCUGAUAUCUACCUUUCCUGUUUUACUGAGAUGAUCGAAUAACAGAUGAGGUCAGGUGUCACACUUUACCUGAGCUCACCCUAUACUGAACCAUGCUUGAAUUGUUAACAUGAAGUCAUGGUUCUCCAUCUCUGAUGUUAAAUGCGUUUCUUCGCCACCUUCCUCAUUGUGGCACUCACGGAGAGCAGCACCAUUGGGAUAGGUGUGGAAAAACAGAUCCAGACUACAGUAAAGCCAUCAACGUUUGGUCUUAAGUUCCAGAAGUGUGCUCAGAUUGAAACAGGAAGUGAGUUUCCCCAGGUGACUUUAUACCUGGUCAUUUCAAAUCCGCCUGAGGGAACUAACCUAUCACAGCUCGGCAUCCGUGACGCCAUCUCAGACAUCACGCGUCUGCAGACUAGCGGCAACGUGCAAGAGAGAGGAUACCAGACUUUCACCACAGACUCACUGCCUGCUGGCUCCAAUUAUGUAGUUACAUACAUGGCAAGUGUAAAAGGCAGCAAGAAUGAGGUUCUGUUUUUACCAGCGUUCCUGACGUUCUCCAACGCUUCCCAGAAUGACAUAAAUUUGUUUGGCCCAGUAGUAGCGAACUUCACUCUGAGACUAAACACUACUGAAAAGGUCUCUGUGAACCAUGCGCUGCACUUUGCUGGAUUCUGCGGAGCGUUUCUGGUCUCUACGCUGCUGUUCUCUCUCACGCUGCUCUCUGCCAGCUGCCUCUACAACAAGUGCCAUGCACACUCCCCUCAUAACAGGAGGAAGAGGGGCUUCAGUGGAGGGGCAGAAGCAGAGGAGGCUGUCUGCAACAUCAGUGAGUCAGCGAAUGAAGAGGCAACGUUUGAAAAUAAAAUCAUUGACAUUAUGGCACUGGAGGACCCACAGAAUGUGUUCCAAGCACUGGAAAAUCUGGAGAUGUCCACUCUCCUGCGAGGGGCUUUAGCGGUGGAGCGUGUAAGGGUACAAGUUGUGAAGGGUGUGUUUGGGGUGCUGCUGGGCAGUUUGGGGGCAGCUGGGCGACGCGUGGUGACUGUGCUUUUGGGCCAGGUGACAGGCAUGGAGGGCAAAUUGCAGGAGGAGCAGGGGGCCCGACUGGCCACGCUGGCUGCCCAGUGCACCAUGGAAACACAGCAGGAAAUGGAGAUUCAGCAUCACGCACAUGCCACUGAGAAAACUCAAGCUGAGAGACUGUUCCAGCAUGCAGAGCAACAGUUGUGUGUUGCGCAGGAGGUGCUGGAGUGCACGGUGUUGCUGGAGAAGCUGCAGAAGUUGGAGCAGGAGCGGCUGCAGCGAGGGCUGCUGGCGAGGCAUGAGCAGGCAUCUGCACAAGCACAGAGACACACAGCCUUGCGCAGGAGAGUUGAGCUGCACACCAUCUUCAGUGAGGAGCUGGAAGAGGCGGCCAGGACGGGCGAGCUGGACAAGGACACGGCCAGCAAGCUGCUGCACCUCUACUGCACCUGCCAAGACCAGCUGGAGGAGGUGCUUGAUUUGUUCGUGGCUAAUCAGAGGGCAGCGCUAAGUGAGCGUCAGGCGCAGAGACGUUUCCUGUUGCAGAGGCUACAUGGCCUGCAGGGCGCACUGUGUGACGUACUCAGCACUUCCUCCCAGCACAUCGACAGCUGGUUUGCUGAGAUUCGCAGGGAGGGUGGUCUCUCUGAUCAGCAGUGUGCGGAGCAGUUGGAGAUCGCUCAGUUGGAGCUGCUGCGCGUUAAACAGACUUUAGAGGAAACACUGAGCCGCGAGCGCAGAGCCAUGCACUGUGACCUCAUCAAAAGAAGAAGAACCCGGAUAUCCGAGAUGCUGUGUGAGCAGAAGCAUGAGCAGCAGGAACUUGGAGGUGUUUGUGAGGGGCCAGUGGAUCAGUAUUUGUUGCGGUGGCAGACGCUCCUCUCUGCUCACAGCACACAGUUCUCAGAACUCAUCACACACCUGGACCAGGAGGCAGUGGCGGAAAUACGCAAGGUGCUGCUCCGUGUUCUGCAGGAGGCUAUAGUGGAGCUGAAGGCAGUGGGCAAUGCAGUGUCUCAGUCUCUGCAGGCUUUGGGUGUCCCACGCUGGCUGCUGCAAAGGGGGGUGGGGGACGAGGCCGUGGCUGAAGCCCAGGAGAGACUGCGUGUGCGGGAUAAAGAAGCGGCUGCGACCCUGCGAGUAGCGCGGAGCUCCAUCCAACAGCGCAGACUGCAAGAGCUGCAGCAGCAGAGACAACUGAGAGAGAGACUGGCACAGUACUGCCGAAGUGUGUGUGCAUCUCGGUGGGCUCUGUCGGAGACGGAUCUGCUGCGUGUGAGGUUAGAGUGUGUAAAGUGUGUGUGUCGUCUUGAUCGCUGUCUGGUGCUGCCGUGCGCUCUCUCACGGGCCAGACUGUGCACCACACUGACCCAUACCAUUGGCCAACAUGCUCAGCCUGACCCCAGUGCUGAACCCCAUGAACCCUCUCUUCUAGACACAAAGCAGAAGGGCCUGAGCUCUAAAGAGCGCUCUCUGGAACGAGGAGUCUGUGCUGGAGAUACAGGAAGUUUGCAGAGCUUCAGGAGGAGAAUGGAAGAGAGGAUUCACUUCCUCCAGCAGGAGAGAGAGAGGGAGAGCAGUGCAGAAGAGGAGGGGUUUGUGUGUGAGGAUGUGGAGCAGCAGGUAUUUAUGUGUGAACAGAGUGUGGCGGGGGAGCUUGCGGCUCUGCAGUGGGAGAGAACAGAGAGGAUAAGCAGGGUGCUGGAAACCCAUUCUGCACUGCUGUCCCUACAGACACUCCUACUACAGCACCUCCGACACACACCCACAACACAAGAGCUUUCACACGCCAUACACACACACAGCCUGGCUUUAGAGGAGGCAGAGCUUCAGCUACAGAAGGAGGAGUCAGAGUGGGAGGAGUUAGCGUUUGGACAUGGCUCUGAUAAAGUGCUGGCUGAUGCUGCUGAUGAUGAGCUUGAUGAAGAGAUAUUCAGUAUGGAUAAAGACUACAGAAUGGCUGCAAACCUGCAGGAGGCACUCUGCAGGAGACAGGAGCUCACACACAUUCUCACUGAAAGGUUGAGGGAGGCGGGGAGGAGGCGGCAGGUGAUGGAGGAUCUGAGGGAUCAGCUGGAGUUGAAACGGCUUUACACACUCUGUGACCAGGAUUUGGUGUUAUCUGCGGCGCUGGUGAAGCUCAGUGGUGUAUCGGUCAUGUGUCUCCAGGAGCUUCUGCGCCUUCUGCUGCCUUCACUACCUGAAGGAGAACUACAGUCACUUACAGACGCACUUAGUCCUAAAGCAGGGAAAACACCCGGACCCUGCAGAGAACUGGUGGACAGACUGAGGAAUGACAUAAUCAGCAAAAACCUGUCAACCUGCAACCUGCUCACAGACAGAGAAAGGGACAGACUUCUGAAGAAGAAGCAGAACCUUCUUGAAAAGCUGUUCUCCAGCUCUCCUGCAGGACCUUCUAAAGGCAAACUGAAGGUUUCAGAGCAAGAGAGCGAACAUCAACCAAAAAUCUCUACAGCACAGCAGCCAGCAACCAGCCAGCCAGUCUUCACAUCUGUUAAUGUAGAUAAGGAAUCUGCCAUUGGUCCAAGGCCAGGGAUGGGAGGGACCAGAAAGGACGGAGUGUGGCCAACGGACUCCACCUGUGGUGAUGAGGCAGGUGUGGCCAUCGAGAGUCUGGUGUCUGGAGAGAGACUGUUUAUUUUCCGUAGCCCUCCACCAGCAAACCAAGAGCCCACCUCACACACUUCAGCCCACGGCCGCAGGAAGAAAAGAAGCUUCCUCAACUUUAAAAAGGGAACAGUGGCUCCUCAAGAGCAAACAUGAAGGACACAGGGAAAGAGACUGAUUUGUGAUGUGAUAUGAAUAUGAAUGACAGAUUCAAUACAGCAAAUGUAUUAUUAUAAGCAAGACCAGAGGCAAGACUUCAUCCUUGCGAUGGCUCUCUCUGACCAAGUUUUUUUAAGUGAACCAAAAGUCCUGUAGCUGCUUGCAAAAAACAUCUUAAAUAUUUGAUCUAUUUAAUCCCAAUUUUUUUCCCCACCUUUUGAGAGUAUAUGAAGUUUAGUCCUUAGAUAGUCUCAUGACACAAACCAUAUCCUUUUUAAGAAAUUGCUUUGAAGGCCACCCUUUGUUUAUUUAAUUUCAAAUCAAAACUGCCAUUAAGUGCAAGCUAUUAAAGUUUAAAUAUCAGGACAAAGCAGAAGCCUCAACAACAAAAUGAAUAUUUUUUUUCAGUAUUUAAUGUGUCUACCUUUUGCCAGUGGAAGGAUGGACAAAACCUAUGUUUUUUUUUUCAGAUCUGAAGCAAGAGUGGAGCUUGAUUUUCUCCUCUCUCUCAAAGAUAAAAGCUUUAAGUACUGUUUAUUGGAUGCUGACAGUGUUGGUGGUCUACCAGGUCUUUCAGGUGGUUGUUAGGAGUCCCAUAUCUCCUGAAAAUGAUUAACUUGUACUUAAUGGCUGUUUUGACUGGAAGUAAAAUAAGGCUUGUCUCUUUUCCACAGUACUGUUGAUGGUGGGUGUUUUUUCAAUCUUAAAUAAAGUUUUGGAAUUUCCUCAGAAAUAUGUUCUUUAGAAUUUUUAGAAUUUUAGAUGCACACAUAAUCAGAAAUUUGCAAGGCAGCUAAGGUGUGUAUGGACAGUUGCUUGUGAUCUAGAACAAAUCUUCCAACAUCAGUACCUGAGCUCACUAAUGCUCUUUUGGCUGAAUGCAGUCAAAUCCUUCAGGCAGUGUUCCAACAUCUAGUGUAAAGACUUCCCAGAGGAAUGGAGGCUGUUACUGCAGCAAAGAGGGACAAACUCCUUAUUAAUACUCUUGAUUUCAGAAGAAACGUUGAAUGAGCAGGUGUCCGUAGACUUGUGGAUUUACAUACUGUUUUAAUAAAACAAAGGUGCCACAAAGGUUCUUUGAGUGAUGCCAUAGACGGACCGACUUACGUUCCCUAAAGAACCAUGUUUAAAAAAGAGAUUUGAAAGUGUGAAGAAUCUGUUAAAGGCUUCAUGCAUUAUAAAGGUUCUGUAAACAUUCUGGAAACUUUAAAAGAUUCUUCACAUUCACACAUCUCAUUUACAAAAUGGUUCUAAAGUACCAUCCACUGGAAGACUCAAAAGCAUCACUCAAAGGACCUCUUCUGGCACCUUGACUGUAGUGCAAACAACUGUCUAAAUAAAUAAAAAUAUAAAUGCAAUUAAUUCUAGUCAUGAUUUUUGAGGUUUGGAGGUUGGAGGUUGUUUCAGAUAUCUGAAAUUUUGUAGGGAGGACAAAGUAGGAGGCUGGCGAUCUAUAAAUAAAUUUGGAGAAAACUUCCUUUGUAUUAGGUGCUGUCAUUUGGGCCUGAGAUUUUAAUGAGAUCCCAUAAGACCUAAUUCACCCAUGACCUCUUUAAUUAAGCUGGAAUCUAAAGAAAAGACUGAAAGGAAAACGGUUUCAAACACACAGGACACGUACUAAAAAUAAUAGUGUGUGCAAACCUUAUAAAAAACUACAAGAAACGUCUGACUGCUGUGCUUGCCAACAAGGGUUUUGCCACCAAGUAUUAAAUGAUGUUUUACUAGGGGGUCAAAUACUUAUUUCCUUCAAUGAAAUUCAAAGUAAUUUUUAUUUCUCAUUUCAUGUAAUUUUCUCAGUUU